GCUGUAUUCUCUCUCUAAUCUGCGUUUCGAGUUGAUAUCAAUAUUGUUAUUCAUGUCGAUUGUUCUCAUUUUAAGAUGUUACAGCAGGAACCACUGAUAUAAAAUGUGUCAUUGUGCGACGAUCUAGACCAUGAACUCUCCUUUUCCCAAAUCUUCGUCCGUUGCCGGAGAAGGGCGCAUCGUGGUCGGGCCUUCGCCAACCAAGGUCCCCACGCUAGAGAGUAUAACAUAUCAAUACCCGCUCAAACUCAUCUCGCCUUCAUUCAAAGCCGACCAGAAGAGUGUUCUGGUCUUCCUGCUCUCCUACGGUGGUGGACUGGUCGGAGGCGACCAGGUCAACCUCGCGGUUGACCUGCAGCCGGACACAAGACUGUCCCUAGCUACGCAAGGCCAUACCAAGAUCUUCAAACCGACGUCCCCUGGCAUUGUCACGGGACAGAAGAUGACGGUGGAGAUCCUCGACGGUGCCGGUCUGUGUCUUUUGCCCGACCCAGUGCAACCAUUUGAGGGCAGCAACUACGAGCAAACUCAAGUCUUUACUCUCCAGGGCACGGCGUCCUUGUGCAUGCUUGAUUGGGUCACCCAUGGGCGCUCGGCACGCGGUGAGAACUGGGAUCUGGACAGAUAUACGGGGCGCAAUGAGGUGUGGGUACCGAGUCCAGCCAAGAAUCUUAAAAACAGGCUGUUGGUGAGAGAUACCGUCAUCCUUGAUGGUACCCCGAAAGCGGCGCGGUCGAUGCCACUUCGAGAUACGAUGCAUCAGAAUGCCGUCUUCGGUACGCUACUGCUGCGCGGCCCCCUGGUAAAGUCCUUGAGCGACUUCUUCCUGUCCGAAUUCGCUGCGCUCCCGAGGUUAGGAGGAAGGGACUUUCGCACCGCAAAGGAAAAGGAGGAAGAGGCGGCACGGUCGCGGUUAGAAAAGUGGCGCGCAGCCAGAAUCCGGCAGGAGGCUACAGACCGAGUUCUGUGGUCUGCGGCAAAUGUCAGGGGCUGCGUGGUGGUCAAGUUCGGAGCUUCCACUGUUGAAGCUGGCCGGAGCUGGAUCGGCUCAAUGCUUAUUCAGGAGGGCAGUAUCUCUUCGAACUUCGGCGACGAUGCGCUGAUGUGUGUACGAUGAACAAGAGGAGGGCUUAUACCUUCGAGCUUGUAGACUCGAUAUAUCUCGCUCCCUUUCAGCUUCGUCACCACCAUGGUUGUUGUAAGUGAGCUUGACCAGCGCAGUUCUGCUUCAUGUUCCAACCCCGCGUAAUGAUGUAAGUGAGCAUGCAAAUUGGACGUUGUCUUCGACGCGUCGGUGUUGGUUGGAAAUACAGAAGCAACCUCAAAUGGAAGCUCUCUGUUCUGCAAUAUCAAGACUUAACAUACCGUCUGCUAAAAAGAAGUUGAUGGAGUCUCGUAGAUGGGGGAGAUAUACAUGACAAUGCUACGCAACGCUCCCCGCAACAGCGCGGCACCCGAACGGCAAUACUAGCUGGAUAUAUACGAGCAGCAUAGAGCUAAAUCAACAGCGACAAAAGUACACUGC